CGAAACCGACCUUUUCCCUUAUCUCCAACUAAGAGAAGAAGCGGGGUAAGCUGGGCUGCCUUGCCUGCAUCAUGUCAUACUCUCUCUCUCUCCCUCCUCCUUUCUCUUGAGCUGUGACACAAAGUAUCGUAUUUAAGGUAUAUAAGAAAAGAGAGUUGAUCGUCCAUCCAUCUCUACCAACCCAACUACCUCUUCAAGGAAUCUUCGAAUAAUAAUUUAAGUUACACUUGCUACCGGUAUUCUACUACUGCUUAAUUGAAAGAGUAUACUAUACAUAACUUAUCGAAAUGACGAAACAACUCGCUCCGGGCGCCCGACUGGAAGGGAAGGUUGCUAUUGUUACUGGAGCCGGAUCCGGUUUCGGCGCUGCCAUCGCGCAGCGCUUCGCCUCCGAAGGAGCCAAGGUCAUCGUGGCGGAUAUCAGUGCCGAAGGGGGCCAAAAGACGGCCGCCGCCGAUCCGGAGAAUAUCGUGUUUGAGCAGAUGGACGUAACCAAGGCAGCGGAUUGGAAGCGCAUUGUGGAGAAGGCGGUGUCGUUGUUUGGGAAGUUGGACGUAUUGGUGAAUAAUGCGGGGACAACGUAUCGGAAUAAGCCGACACUGGAAGUCACCGAGGACGAAUGGGAGCGAGUGUUCAAUGUGAACGUCAAGGGAGUUUAUCUGGGCAGUCAGGCAUUCGUGGCUCGGGUGAUUGAGCAGGGCCAGGGCGGGUCGAUCAUUAAUAUCUCGUCGACGGGAGCGUCGAGACCACGGCCUGGGUUGGUGUGGUAUAAUGCGUCCAAGGGGGCGGUUUCGAAUGCUACCAAGGGUCUGGCGGCUGAGUAUGGACCGCAUAAUAUCCGUGUCAAUUCGGUCGCUCCUCUUCUGUCGGCUACGCCGUUGUUCUCCGUAUUCACAGGAAUGGAAAAUACGCCGGAGAACUGGGAGAAGUUCAUCGGAAAUGUGCCGUUGGGUCGUCUCACGGAGGGGGAUGACAUCGCGAACAUUUGUCUGUAUCUGGCCAGUGAUGAGGGACGGUUUAUCAACGGGACGGAGAUGGUCAUUGAUGGUGGCAAGUGUAUCUGAGUGGUGAGACCGGUCAUUUGCGACGAUUGAUAUGCAGAAUUGCAUGAUGGCAACGUCCUGUAUGUCGACAUAGCGAAUGCUCUCAGCAAAUCGAAACCAGCACACAAUCCUACUUCUUGGCCGCGUAGUGUAGGGAGUUUUGGUUGUAGCUGUACUCACCUGUUAAGUCCAAGAAGAAGGAUCAAAUAGAGAAAUAUCCUCUUCUAACAGGCCCAUCAUGUGCUGGUUUCCCGAGAACCAGUUCCCCAGUUGGCUGGUCUGAG